UUUUUGCUUUACUUGUAUUCUCAUACUGAUCCCGGACAUUUUGCCAUCCUCUUCAAAGUGCAUGAUCAAUGAUGACUCGGUUGGCUUGAUUAUCAGAAGACAUGUUUAUAACUGUGCUUCACGGAGAAAACAAGGCCGACAUUUUUAACAUUCACUGUAAAGUCCAGCUUCUCCUGGAUUUCAUCAAGAGCUACUGUGGCUGCGAGGAAGAAGGUGAAAUAGAGUUAGCAGACGAGACUGGCCAAGUAAAGAAUUUACUCCUGAACCGGCACCGCUGUGCCGCUGAUCUCCUGGGUGAACGAGAGACCUACGUGCUCCUUAGUGUAACAAAGGGUGAAAACUCUUCAGAGGUAGAGUUUAUUCCUCUGUUGCAAGAUGACAAUGUUGUUAACCCUAAGUUCCUAGCUAAACUGCAGAGCUGGCAAGACCCCAAGGCUCCGUCUCCCAGAGUGAAAUCCAGAAGGAACCACCACAAGAAAGCAUCCUUGGAUAUUCCAGCUGUGGAUGGAUUACGGAAUCAUUCUCCCCAUGGCGGCAGGACUAGGACACCAAAUGUAUCCCCCAAACAAAGCGGGAAAUUCUAAUUAGUGGUGGCUUCUAUGACGUAACCAGGGCUCAUACCUUGAGAAACUUCUUUUCUGCUGUUUUGUGCAGAUAUUGCCUAGCUCAUUCACCACUCAAUAGAUUAGUUUAUCCUAGAGAUGACUGAAGCCUUUUCGUGUUUUGUAUCUCUCCUAGAAAGCUUUCGAUCUCCCAUUUCCAGUUUUUCCCCAAACAUUUUUAAAAGAGCCCAAAUUAACACUUCCUGGUAUGAAAACUGAAGUGGUCCCUUGGUUGUGCUUUACUGAACCAAUAUCCAAGGCACAGUAUUCAGCACAAUACAAGACAGCAGC